AUGGAGUCGAACUAUUGGUCAUUUGCUUCUGCCUCUUCUUCUUCUCGGGCGGCGCAGGAGAAGAGGACGAAGAGAAGACCAAAGAAAUCAAACACCGGACCAGCAGAGGCCCGCACCGGAUGUGGAGCGAGAUUCCUCGGCGUGAGGAGACGGCCGUGGGGGAGGUACUCUGCGGAAAUACGGGACCCCACCACGAAGGAGCGUCACUGGCUCGGGACAUUCGACACGGCCGAAGAAGCUGCCGUCGCCUACGACCGCGCCGCCCGGUCCCUCCGUGGAGCCCGCGCCCGGACCAACUUUCCUUCCUCCGACGCCCCACCAGGCUCCUCUGUCAUAACCUUCCUCCCCGAGGAGGAAAACGAGAGCAACAACUCCACCUACCCUCUCAACUACAGUACCUGUAAUGACCACCAAGGCACGCCCCAGGAACCAAACUUCUUCCCUGUCACGGCGGUAGGAUCCUUCUCUGAGCUCCUGUGGCUCCCAGACCGGAUAGGCGGCCUGCAGCAGAGCUCAUGGUGUUAUCCGGGGGAGUUCACCAGCGCCGAUAGCAGCAGCUCCUCAGCGAUCGACAGCGGCGGUAGUCUACCUUUUAACGGACCCUACCUGCACACCCCCAUGUUCAGCAGCGUGUCCCCACCUUUCGAAGCCACAUACCCCGCCGCCGCCUUGCCGGAGCUGGGGUUCCCCUCGUGCUUCCUCUAA